UGAAAGGCUGGGGUGGGGUGUCAUAACCGCUGCAGAGGCGGCCUUGGGGUCCCCUGCUCCCCUUCCCACGGCUGGGGCUGUAGCCACGCCUCCUCUCCUGGGUCGGGUGAGGGGCCCUAAGCAAACCCAGGCCUGGGAGGCUUGGUGACCAGAAGGAAGACAGAGCGGGGUCCCAGGACGUCCAGAGCUGGGGUGCUGCAGUUGGCCGCAUCCUAGAACUGUCCCCAGGGUGUCUUUCCGAAGGGGAAUGGCACAUGAAGAGGGUCGAGAAUGUGGUUUUGCAAAGGGUGACCUGCAAGGCCUGUGGCCACAGGUGACUAGGGAGUGGCCUUGUGACGGGCAUGUUCUCUGACCUUUCACCCCAUUUGACAGAUGGGGAGACUGAGGCCCUGUGCCAUGUGUCGCUUUGAGAGGUGGAGCUGGACUUAAUUCACAUCCUGACCCUGCAGGAUUCUCCUUUCACUCGGGGCAUCCCUGGGCCAAGGCCCCGAGGCUCACCACCUGGCACCCACAUUCUUCCUGGGAGCAGGGGGACUGCCAGGAUGCUGCGACAGUGGACGGGGCAGUCGGGGCCCGCCCCGGGGGAGGCAGAACCCCCGCCUGCAGGCGAGGAGCUAUGGGAGCAGGAGAUGGAGCGGCUCUACGUCUCCCGGGCGCCGUUGCGGACGCUGCCCUAUGCCCUCGUGGACAAGCGCUUCAUCCGGCAUCUGCGGGAGCCGAAUGGAGUGAAGAGCUCGUGCUGGCAGCGGUGGCAGCGCAGGUGGCAGAUCGCACGACGACGCCUGGGGGAGGCAGCCCACCGGCUGGCCCAGGGCUUCGGGCUCUGGGAGGGGGCUCUCUACGAGAUCGGAGGUAGGACCCACGACGACCCCUACUUCCCACCUCCUAUCUCUGGGGUCCCAAUAUCCAGUUUCGAAAGGAAGAGGGCACCACCCCUCCGGUCAUUGCCGGGGUCCACCCGCAACGAUCAGCCCCUCCAUCCUCUCUCUCACACACACACCCUCAGCCUCCCAAAGGCAGGUGCAAACCACGAUGAACGGCAGCACCCUCUGGUGGCCCCCGGAGGUACUGCGGGGAAGCCUCGUGCAGGUCAGCGAGCUGGGCACCCCCAAUCCCAUGUCCUGGCCCAGUCGGAUCCUAGUUGGGGCACCUGUGUCUCCCUCGCCCGCCCUGCUCUUCUCCCCACAGGCCUCUUUGGCACCGGGAUCCAGUCCUACUUCACCUUCCUCCGUUUCCUACUGCUGCUCAACGUGCUGACCGUGGGGCUGACUGCCAGCAUGGUGCUACUGCCCCUGGCCUGGCUCCGCCCCCCGGACCCAGGCCCCGCCCAGAACUUGACCCUGCAGUGCCCUGGCAGCCACCAGCCCCAGAUUGGCAUUCCGAUAUUCCACAAUCAACUUUGGAAUGUUUUAACUGGCAGGGCCUUCACCAACACCUAUCUCUUCUAUGGCGGGUACCGGGCGGCGCCCGAGAGCAGCUCUGCAUACAGCAUCCGCCUGGCCUACCUCCUCAGCCCGCUGGCCUGCCUGCUCCUCUGCUUCUGUGGGACCCUGCAGCGGAUGGUAAAGGGGCUGCCACAGAGGCUUCUCCUGGGCCAGGACUACAGAGCGCCUCUCAGUGCCAAGGUCUUCUCCUCCUGGGACUUCUGCAUCCGGGUCCAGGAAGCAGCCACCAUCAAGAAGCAUGAAAUCAGCAAUGAAUUCAAGGCAGAGCUGGAAGAGGACCGGCGCCUCCAACUGGCGCAGCAGCGGUCCCCCACCCAGAGGGCCUGCCACCUGCUCACCUUCCUGUGGGUCAACGUCCUCAUCGGGCUCCUGGUGGUUGGGGCCAUCAGUGCCAUCUUCUGGGCCACCAAGUACUCGCAGGACAAGAAGGAGGAGGACCUGUUCGUGGUGCUACAAUAUCUCCCCCCAGGGGUCAUCGCCCUGGUCAACUUCCUGGGUCCUCUGCUGUUUGUGUUCCUGGUCCAACUGGAGAACUACCCACCCAACACCGAGGUCAACCUCACCCUCAUCUGGUGCGUGGUGCUGAAACUGGCCAGCCUGGGCAUGUUCUCCUUCUCCCUGGGCCAGAGCAUCCUAUGCAUCGGGGGAAACAGAACCAGCUGCGAGGUCUACGGCUACAACGCCUGUGACUACCAGUGCUGGGAGAACGCAGUGGGCGAGGAGCUGUACAAGCUGAUCAUCUUCAACUUCCUCCUCACCGUCGCCUUCGCCUUCCUGGUCAGCCUGCCUCGGAGGCUGCUGGUAGAGCGAUUCUCAGGCUGGUUCUGGACUUGGCUGGACCGAGAGGAGUUUCUGGUGCCCAAGAAUGUGCUGGACAUCCUGGCAGGGCAGACGGUCACCUGGGUGGGCCUCUUCUUCUGCCCCCUGCUCCCCCUGCUCAACAGCAUCUUCCUGUUCCUCACCUUCUACAUCAAGAAGUACACCCUCCUGAGGAACUCCAGGCCUUCCCCACGGCUCUUCCGUGCCUCCAGCUCCACCUUCUUCUUCCAGCUGGUGCUGCUGCUGGGCCUGCUCCUGGCCGCAGUGCCCCUGGGCUACGUGGUCAGCAGCACCCAAUCCUCCCGGGACUGUGGACUCUUCACCAACUACUCAGCCCCCUGGCAGGUGGUCCCUGAGGUGGUGGCCCUGUGGCUCCCGCUGCCUGGCCGGCGUGCCCUCAACUACCUCAGUUCCCAUGCCUUCAGCUUCCCCCUCCUCAUCCUGCUCAGCCUGGUCCUGACCGUGUGCGUGUCCCAGUCCCGCGCCAACGCGAAAACCAUCCAUGAGCUCCGGAAGCAGCUGGUGUGGCAAGGCCGGGAGAAGUGGCACCUGGUGGAGGACCUGUCGCGGCUGCUGCCAGAGCUGGCCCCGAGCGAUUCUCCCGGGCCCGAGUCCCCUCUCUCCCGAGCUUCACGCCCACGGUCCUUCUGCCCCGGUUUCCCUUGCCCAGGCUCCCCGGGCCCCAGGGCCCCCCGACCGGGCCCUUCCCGGGUUGUUCCCACCGGGCUGAGCCCCGGGUGUCCGGGCCCCUCCUCCAGAUUCCGCUACCCCAGCGGCGGGGCUCUGUAGCGCAGACCCCAUGCUCCGCCUGGACCCACUUCCUCCCCAGGCCCUCUUAGCCCAUGCUCCAGAGCCCUGGUGACCACUGCCCCUCCCUGCUCCCGGGCCUCCAGCAGGACUCCCCAGAGAGGGCCAGCAGGAAGACACAUGGAAAUUUCUAUCAUCUAUAUUUUUAUCUUAUCCCUCCGAGUUUCCUUUUUUGUGGCUGUGGAAGUUUUAUAAUACACACGUAUAUUAGUA